CCCAUUCUGAGUGGUUUGAGAGAUGUAAAGGUAAAUUGGUUUCGGUUGUUCUAGUUGACGAUGUCACACAAGUCAAUGAAAGACUUACUAGCGUCUGCUCCUAAAAACUGGGGUAGAUGGGGUCCUGAUGAUGAACUUGGCUCGCUAAACUUUUUAACUCAGCAAGAAGUGUUGAGAGGUAUUCGGUCGGUUCGACUUGGGGAGGUGUAUACUUUGGGUGAGUUGAUUGCCAAUCCAAAGGGAGAACCUGUAUUCCCAGGAAGAACGGGAGCACUCAAGUUCAUGACUCAAGAUAAGAGUUAUUAUAAAAGUGGCAAAUCUCAUUCGUUGCCUGGUGGUGGUGAGUAUUCUGAUGAUGGCAUAACUAUGUACUUGCAGGGUUCCACACAAUAUGAUGCUAUGGGUCACUUUUGGUAUGAUGAUCAUAUUUGGAAUGGAUAUUCUGCAGAUACUACUAUGGGAGGUAUGGAGAAAGCUUCUAUUGUCCCUAUUGGAGAGAAGGGAGUCGUAGGACGUGGGGUGUUGAUAGAUAUGCCCAGAAUUCGUGGUAAAUCUCGUUUAGAUAAAGGAGAAGAGAUCACAUUGCAAGACAUUAAGGAUGCUGCAUCGAAACAAGGAGUUACUAUAGAGAAGCAUGAUAUUUUAGUUAUCCGCACUGCAUUUUUGCAAAGUUUUUAUGAACAAUCGAGAGAAGAGUUUUAUGAUGGUUUGAAUGAACCAGGCAUGACGUAUUCUCCGGAAUUGGUGCAGUGGUUCCAUCAAAUGGAAAUUCCAGCACUUUGUACGGAUACGAUGGCGAAUGAAUUGACAGUGCAUCCCGAGUCUAAAGUAUUAUUGCCAUUGCAUUGUGCACUUUUAAGAAAUUUGGGAAUCGCGUUUAAUGAAAUUUGCAAUUUGGAAAAAUUGGCAGCUGCUUGUGAAAGGCAUCGCAAAUAUGACUUUUUAUAUGUUGGUGCUCCACUUAAAGUUUAUCGUGGUACUGGUGCUCCAGUGAAUCCAGUAGCCAUUUUAUAAAGGAUAGUUGAAACUUGUUAGAAGAAGAGUUGUAGAUGAAAUUGUGAAAUC